UUCAUACUGUUAGUGCUUCGUUCACUUGAUGUUGGGGUUAUUUGGGGAAAAACGCACAUACCGCGUACAAAUACAGUGAGCCCAUGAUGGCUGACAAACACCUUCAACACUGCGCAUAGGACGAUGGCUUUUGACGUCGAGGAAGUUGCCGUGUAAACUUUACGUGUCAUUUCGCGACAUUUUACACUGAGACCGCUCUCUGUGUCCGUAGGUUAAAGAGACACUGUUCAAUUGGCGUUUGAUACAUCCCAAUUUUCCUUAAGGGGUUUCACGACAACGCUUGGACCCCGUGUUGGAGGGUGUCAACAUGACAAGUGAACUGAGUUCCCGUUCGCACUGCCACCUGGCUUUCGUUUCGUUGGCUCUUGGCUUCCUGGUAAUAUGGAUGGCAGGGCUGGCAGGUGUUCUCAUCUGCAAGACGCUUAAAGACGAAGCGACAGCGAAGGAAGCAGCCGACAUUUUCCAAGCUCAUGAAGAUGUGGCCAAGAUUACCUUUGCCUUGGGUCAUGAAAUGGUAUCCACGGUGGAUUGGCUUCUGUCGGAUACUGGAGGGGACGAGCGUACCCUGACAGUCACUUGGCAGAUGAGUGACGCUGUGCUCAACACCGUUCCUUCGACUGGAACCACGAUGGGGCACCUGGCUCUCUUCAGGCAGACGGUGCGACGCUCCAGCACGAGUCCCCUGGAGACGACGUCCUUUUACUUAGGCCUGGCAGAAUCUGUGGUGGCUCACUGCUUGCGUCUGGACGCUCUGGGGCAACCAGCAGCUGGCCUCGCGUACGCCAUCUUCCUCCGCGGCAUGGCGCUGCGUUUCGCCCAGCUGGCCCUCGGCACCAUCUACGUCCGCUCCGAGCUCCCCGUCAACGCCACCCAGUACCUCCGUCUCGAGGCCUCGAGUGAAGAGCUGAUGGAGACAGCGUUCCAGCUCAGUCCCCGUGCCCGCGCUAAGUGGUGGGACUUGCAGGAACGGGCACCCAAGCAGGCGCUCUCUGACGUCGGCGAAGACAUGGCAAGCGGGUCAUCACGGAGGCACCACCUGGCAGCUGCAUUCUUGGAGGAAGCCAAAGAGCAAGUAGCCCUGCUCCUCCUCGCCCGUGAAACGCUUAACGGCACACUGGCCAGCUGGACCGCAAGCCAGGCACGGACAGCGCGAGCCACUCUCACCUUCCACAGCUCCGUCGCUGGCGUGGCGCUCCUCGCCGUUGUCAUCUGCCUCAUUGGAGUCAUCUGGUCUUUCCGACGUCUCGGAGCGAGUGCCUCACGCCCCGAGGACGAAGCCCCCGUCCUGCCACCAAAGCCCCACUGCUACAUGUAACUCUGCCCCCUGUAACGGUGCAGACGACACCAAAUGCCACUUGCGUCGUCUGCACGAAACCUACAAUGUCAAAAACGUACCGUCAGAUAAUGGGUGCUAAAAGUGCGUGUGCACCGUACUGAAAUUCUACUCUGAGUACAACGAGGAAACUUCUUUGCGGACGACAGACGACGCAGCUGGCGUUUCACAUCGUCUGUCGUCUGCAAUGAAGUGUUACUUUUAGUGCACUUUUACUUCUACACUUUUAGUACAGAUUAUCGUUUUGACUCGUUUACUUUCAGUGCAGAUCGGUAAAGAUGAGUGCGGUGCGGGUAUACCCGCGGGUACCCGCUCAAGUUUGUUAUUUGCGGGUACACUAUUCUGUGUCAUCGCGGGUAAGGUGCGGGUAGACCCGCAAUUCCCGCAUUCGCAAAAACCAACCCGUCGGAUUUCGGUGCAUGACCCGAUUCAUGGCGAACAUUUGGCCCAAAAUACUUUCUAAGACGUUCCAUAUCCAGUUCGUCAUCUCAAAAUAAAGUUGUUGUUGUUUGCCACAUAGGGUUAACUUUGGCUAUCUUUCGACACCAAGACUGGUACACUUUGCAUCAGUGAGCUGGCAACCAUGUCAGCAGCAGCCACAGCGUACGCGUUGGAAAAGUGGCUCGCUAACGGACGGCGUCCUCAGCAUCAACGAAUCAUUUCGUGCUGUCACGAUCAUGUGGCAAAACUAAAACAUGCGAACGCAUUGGGCUGCGGGUAUAUCGGCGGGUAUGCGGAUACUCAUCUCUACAGAUCAGCACAAAUCAGUACCUUGAGCACAAAAGAGACUACUCACACACGCGCGUGCGCCAGAGAACUGCUCCGGGGGGAAAUUUCUCGGGGAAGUAAGGUAGCGUUCACUUGUUCCACACACAGUUGUGCAAGUCAUGAAAAAACGUUAGGUAUAAUCGUACAGUCGGGUAUGAUUUACAAAAAUAUUGUUCACGUUGUACCCGUUCGCAUCAUGUAGCACUUGAUGGUUUGUCUCUCUUAAAUUGUUACGAGCCACAGGUAUGUGUUGCAGCACUCACCAUGACAACGGAUGGUUUUCCCGUGCAAGAACAUAGUUUUAUAAUCCUCGUGAGAUGUCUUCUCGAGGCACCGUUUUUUUUUAAAAGCUCACACAUAUCAGAACUUUUUACAGGUGUGCCCCGUAACCCCUUUUUAGACCUACUUGACGGCGGUAGGAAUGAACGGAGAGCUCUUUUUUUGCCUUUGUAACCAUCUGGAAGCAAAAUAGGCACCUCGGUGUUAUUUUGUUGAAGAGUAUCAUUCCCCUUUGUACAUACACAUUGGCUCAGGCCCCCUAGUGAUGGAGUCUGGUAUGUUCCUGCAGCCUGCGUUGUCAUGACAACAGCGCACAUGUCACUAUAGCUAGAGCCUGAAGUUUUAGUGUUUAACCCGAUUUCUCCCCGAAUUUAGCGUACUGGAAGUUUUUCCACCCAAAUUUGCAUGAAUUUAGAGCACAUGUUUAUUUUAUCCGAAUUUUACUCCCCGAAUUUAGAGAAAAAUAUUUCCUGAAAAACUUCAGGCUCUAACUAUAGCGUGUCAAGCCACUUGUGAUCAAGUGCCGAUUCCACGAGUUCCUUUUAACGACAAGUGUUAGCAGCAUUUGCAGUUGGCAUUUGUCACCAUAUUUGAGCUUGCCAAUUUUUUUUUUUUACUGCACACUGAACCUUUUUAAUAAGCUUGUAUCAUUCAAUUACCUCUCUUUGUUUUGCAUUUGCACAAUGCACGGUUUUAUGAUAUGAAGAUAAGUGUGAUAUUUUAGGCAUGCCUUUUCUGUACAGUAGACCUUCAUUGAUGUAGUAAGUUUGGUUAAUGUGAUUUUCUGGUUAAUUUGAACAUUGAUGCAAUGCAGUGUAUGCUAUGCCGUUACUUUCCGGUUAUUGGGAGAAAAAAAACUGAACUGCAUUUUAAAAAAUUCAACUGUCCCUCGAAGAAGCGGCGGGAAAUAUUGAAAAAAUCUGAAAAAAUCAGAAACCUGAAUUUCCAGAAUCCGAGAAAAAAUUGUCGGCGACCGUAAUAUGCCCUAUACGUUCGAACGAUCUUGAAUAGUAUUCAAAUGGGGUGAAUGGCUUGACAGUACUAUCAUUAUUCCCGACUAAUCACACAUCGCCUAAUAUAUUGUAUUCAAACUAAUAUUUCACCAGAUCUGAUUUUUGCGUGUGGCUGCUUUGCAGCAAAUGUUCUAUACAUACUUUUAUUCUAACAUACACGAUAAUUUUAUAACGACUAACAGCCGUGCAGCUACGAGGCCGUGAUGCCCAACCAAUCGAAGACAUAUCACCGCUGGCCUUGUAUACUUGCCCAGUACGUUACCCCUAUUUAUUACAUUUAUGUUGUGUGUCGUUGCUGUCUUGUGUUUGCCCACUUUUGUUGUCAACGUCCAUUUGCACAAAUUGUAGCUUUCUUUUUUCUUUUUUUUUUGUCAAAAUGCCAGUUUUGUGCAUUUUGAGUCGGGUUCGUACACGCACUGACCAAAGUUGGAUAUUGUGUUAACUUAUUAUUUCAUAGUUCUUUAUAUAACCUCACAUGUAAGGCAGCUUUGUAUUUAACGUUUUUUUUUCAUUACAUUACCUUCGAUUAAUUUGUUACAUUUGUCUGUUGCUGUUAUCGCACCUUGCACUGUGCAGUCUUUGUUAGACCUCAUGUUUGUGCAUUUAUAACAAAAGUGUCAGAACAGGUUUUGCAAAAACUCUGGCAGGCCAUGCUAACCAAAUGAUUUUUUGAGCUGUGGAAUGACCUGAAAUGAUAGUUGCAUGAAGGGCAGAUAACGCUCAUUAGCUUAACAAUCAUUCAGUACCUCUUUAUCGUUGCUUGGUACUAUACUAAUGCACAGUAAUAUUAGCUCAACCUCUAAGAUAUGAAGAGACAAUGUAGCUGAGCGUGAUUCAGUACCUCAAGGAACUUUUUACGUGCACGAGUUGCUUGUCAGUAACACAACACAUUUUAUGUGAGAGCGUGAAUGCACGCAGCUGAUGUGUGAAAACUUCACUGCAGCCACGUAGCUUUGGCUGACACAUUUAUAUAUAGACUCAAUAAGUGCCUAUGGCUUUGUGGGACCACACCGUGGCAAGAACUUUAUAUAUUUGUAAUAAUGGAGUACAUUCCUAAGCUUGUAGUCGCGGCAGCUUAUCCUCAAGAUACAACGGCUACCUCAGCAAGUAGACGCCUAUAUAUUAUAUCAUGUAACGAACACAACAUUCUGUUAAAAACUUUAGGACGACAGGUAUAUCAGCAUCUUUCAGAUAGAUCAGUUUGGGUUCAGUGUUAUGGACAUUACGUCACCCAAAGUGUCCAAAAAUAAAACUUGUUAUGUACAUUUCCACCGUAAAAGUCA